CGACAUAUAUCAGUGAUCACGCUGCCGCUGCUCGAUUGGACAAUGAAUCAAGUACGUGAUGUUAAGAAAAUUUCUCAACUCAGAAUACAAUCCGACAUUAUACAUUCAAACCUCAACACAACAUGCAUAACACUUAUGUAUGUGUAUAACUAGUUGGUAAAUGAUUACAAAUUUGAAUCCAAUCAAUCCAUCCCUACCAAUUAACUUGAAAAAAGAGAGAGAAUGCUUGAUGUUAACGCAGUGUGUGUGUGGAUCAUGUAGGUCCAUAAUUAAAGCUUAUUUUGGAAUUUGAAGAUGGAUCAUCUUCACAGAUUAACACGUCAAUUUUGCCACAGCCAAUCGAAAAUCCUAAUUAUUUCAUUUCGCCUCAAAAAUGGAUAAAUCUCCCCAAUCAUCUUCAUCCAUAAAAUGAUUAAAAUCUCAUCUCUCCGCAGCUCACCUCACCCAUCGCUUACUUGAUUCAAUUCCUUUCUCAUUUUCAUGAAUUGAUUCUCCGAUUAAUGGCGGACGCGGCGAGAUCGGCGGGGACGGUGAAGUGGUUCAGCGGCCAGAAAGGCUUCGGAUUCGUCUCGCCGGACGCCGGCGGCGACGAUCUCUUCGUGCACCAGACCGAGAUCCGAUCCGACGGUUUCCGCACGCUGCGCGAGGGCCAGAGGGUGGAAUUCGCCGUCGAUUGCCGCGACGACGGUCGGAGCAAAGCCGUCGACGUCGCGAUCGUCGCUAGGGAUCAGAAAUCCGGCGGACGCGGCGGCGGUUAUGGCAGGGGGAGAGGUAGGUUCGGUGAUGGAGUGGAGUGCUAUAACUGUGGGAGGAUCGGCCACUUGGCUAGGGAUUGCUAUGGCGACGGCGGCGGUGGAGGUGGAGAAUCUGGAGAUGGUGGUUACCGCACCUAUGGACGCGGCGGCGAUGAUGGGGGAGGAGAUAGUGGUUAUCGUGGCUAUGGACGCCGCGGUGGAGGCAGAGGUGGCGAUGGGGGAGAUGGUGGUUACCGUGGCUAUGGACGCGGCGGAGGUGGCGGAGGUCGCGGCGGCGGCGGUGGUGGAAGAGAGUGUUACAAUUGUGGUGAAGCAGGCCACUUCGCGAGGGAUUGCCAAAGUUGAUUGCUCCUAACUCCGUCCCUCAAAUAUUGUCCCACUUUAACUUGGCACGAGUUUUAUGAAAUGUAAUGAAAAAUGAGUUUAAAAAGUUAGUGAAAUUUGGAUCCUACUUUUA